AAAACCGCCAUUUUGAUUUGUUUGUUGACAGAGAUACGUGCAUGCGAGCUGCGAGCCAAAGUGCUUUGGAAAGGACAGUGCAAGCUGGAUGGAGGGAUACAAGCUCCUUCAAAGACUUGGCAAAGGAGCACAAGGCUCAGUUUUUCUUGUUGAAAGCAAAGAGGACAAGAAGAAAUAUGUCUUGAAAAAGGUAGAGUGCAAUGAUGAAAAUGAAGCAAACAAGGCCUUUAAAGAGGCCCUGGCACUGAAGGAGCUCAGACACCCAUAUAUCUGUGGGUAUAAAGAGUUUUUUGUUACUUGGGAUAAGGAGGAAUCAGCCAUGUUUGUGUGCAUUGUGAUGGAUUACUAUAAAUUAGGUGAUCUGGACAGAGCACUAAAGCAGAAACGGGCUAAGGCGGAGGCAAUAGAAGAAGUGAUAUUAAAGAAGUGGUUUGGGCAGAUGCUAGAAGCCAUGGUGUUUGUCCACAAAAAGGGAAUGAUCCACAGGGAUUUGAAGCCUAGCAAUAUUUUCAUGGCGGAUAAUCUAUCAAUAUCAAUAGGGGACUUUGGGGUUGCAACAAUCAUGGGCGAUGCAAGGACGCGAACCAGAACAACUGUUGGUAGCAUGAACUGGAUGGCACCAGAAGUGCUGGAGAGACCAUAUGAUGAAAGAACAGAUAUCUGGAGCUUAGGAUGUAUUCUCCUGGAAAUGGCGACUUGUGGUUUUAUGGAUGCCGCUCAAAUAGGAGGCACACUUUUCCAGAUCAAACAGUCACCGCAAGUACUGGAAGAUGUUCUCGAGACUGUUGCAAAGGCAUAUUCUCCUGAUCUCUGUCAAGUUAUUCGCACUAUGCUCCGAAGAAAUUUUCAGCAAAGGCCAACGGCGCAAGAGCUUGUGGACUUACCAUAUGUGCAAGAGUGUCUAAAACUUUAUGGUUCAUCUUUGAUGGGUCUGUCGCCAGCUACUGAUGAAAACACUGGAAAAGGUCAUGUGUUUUAUUCUUUAUCUCCAGAUGUACCAAAAGUACCUAAGGAAAAAGGGGUUGAAGCCGUUUUAGCUUACAUGAAAGAUAACAAAGGGAAUCCACAAUGUCAGGAAGAUGCUUUGAACGUAUUAAUCGAUUUUGUAAACAAAGGAAAAUCCAUCACUUCAGGAGGAAAGAAACUGAUAGCUGAAAUCCUAAAAGCACAUGCAGCAACUUUGAAGGUGCAAAUCAAAGGCUGCUUGUUGCUGGCCUCACUCGCCACAACUGCUGACGAAGGUGACGUCAUGUAUACGAAAGAUCUAGUAUCACCAGUGGCAUUAGCAAUGAAGUCCCAUGCUGGAUCACUGGACCUUCAGGUCGCUGCCACACAGCUACUGAUGACUUUGUCAGCAGAUGAGGUUGCUGCUGAAGUCAUUGGCAAACUUGGAGGAGUACAAGACAUCUUAGCCGCUCUUAGGGCAUUUCCAAACAGCUCAGCAAUAGCGGGGAACUGUUGUGGAGCUCUUUGGAGUUUAUCGGUUAACGAAGGGAAUGCAAAGAUUGUUACUGAAGAGAAAGGCCUGCAAGAUGUUAUCAACGUCUUUGAAAAGCACGCUGAGCAGUCUGGCGUUAUCGAAGCCGCCUGUUCUGCUUUGUGGUCACUUUCAAUGGAAGAUGAGAAUAUUGAGAUUAUGUCCGACAACAAUGUUAUAUCAUUGAUCGUUCAAGCCCUUGAAACGCACAAAAAAGAUCCGAAAGUUGUCAAAAAUGCUGCCAUGGCAUUGGCCAGUAUUGUCGAAGUGGAUGAGGCUUCUGCCUACGAGCUUAUUCGAUGCGAGGAUGGUCCUGCGGGAAUCGAUGUACUGUUACAAGCAUAUUUAGCGAACAAAGAUAAUGAAGACGUCGUCGAAAACUUUAGUACUGUUGUUGCUGAACUUGGGGAAUACGAUGAUGUCCGAGAUGAGUUGAGAAGCAAGAAAUUUCAAGAUGUUUUAAGUGAAGCAAAGAUAAAAUUUACUUCGAAUGGGGAAGUUAUAUCAGCAGUGAACAAUGCUCUUGUCGCCCUCGGAGAGGCGAAAGGACUCAAACGAAGCGGCUCUGCUCGAUCCCGUCCAAGAAGCGCUGCGCAGGCUCGCAAGUAACCAACAAAUGUGCACCAGUUGAUGCUAUAUCUUUAGUUUUGAAGGGGAUAUAUUUCUUGAUGUUGUCAAUAAUUCUAACGCGAUUUUUAAUUGCUGUAAAGUUGCCAGAUUUAAAAACUGAUUACAGUCUAUGAAGACUAUGAACUGUUAAUAGAAAGUUGAUUAAUAAUUUUCAUGUGCAUACACACUAUUAAAAUGCUUGUUGAUCAAAACAAUUUUUGUAGUAACCAUCGUUUAUAAAAAGUCGAGAAUGUGAUUUUUUCAAA